UUGUCUGUCAUAUGCGAGACUGAAGCGGACAUCGGCAGAUUGUUAUGAGAGCAACCGGAUAAAAAAUAUUGUUUAUCCGACUGGGAAACACCUCAGUAGCUUCAUCUAUCAAUGGCAUUUGCGGAUAAAAGCCACCACGUACUUUAAUACGAGUCGCAGGGGCCCGUUCACGUUGUGUUUGUUUAGCUAGCUGUUAUCAUUACCUCGCUAUCUUCUGCUAAUUGCGACCCCCUUUUCCUCCAAACACGCCUCUGUGGCGAUGACUGCGGAUCUCCUGUCGGACCUGGACAGCCGCUUCUUCGCUGAUAAUCUCCUAACGAGCGAAGAUUGGGAUGCCUGCCUGUUCCAGUGUGAGAGUAUGGAGGAGGGCGAGGACGGCGACUUCAGCAGAGGGCUGAAAUACAACACAGCGUUCGACAAUGACCUCGUGCUGACCCUCGAUCCCGACAACCCCACAUCACCAUGGCGACACCUUGACGACAACCUCCUCACAGGCGACAGUCCUGUGCUGAAAGACGAAAUGACGAUAACUCAGCCCCUGCCUGUCGAAAUGUUGUUUCAGGUGAAAGCAGAACCUCCCUCCCCUGCGUCAUCCCUCGAGUCAGACUGCUCCGCAUCAUCACCAGACCCACAGAUCACAGUGAAGGGGGAAAACCCUCCGACGCCUCCCUACAUGUACGGAGACGUGCUGUCGCCUCCGCUGGGCUCCAUGGAGGUCACCGUGGCAACGACGACAACGGCGCCCCAGCCGCAGACGCAGAUACCCGCGGUGAGCCAGACGCAGAUCCCAGCCGUCAUCAGCGGGAUAGAGACGCAGACUGCAGUGCUGCCGAGCUCCACCUCCCUGAAGGCCAGCACCAUCCUGAGCGCCAAGCCGCCCAUCCAGCCGCGGCCGGUGUGUGUCGCCUCUCUCCCCGUCCCGCAGAGCCCCGCCCCGGCCAAGACCCUCAUCCUGCAGGGCCUCCCCACCAUGGACCAGACCCGACCAGUCGUCCUGUCUCCGUCGGUUUGUCUGGGCUCGGCUCCGGCCAUCGUCAAGAUGGAGCCCGUCUCUCCCAGCAUCGCCCAGCACUGCUCCAGCCCCGCGGUCCCACCCGCCAGCAAACCCAUCGUCCCGGCAACCACCACGUUGCCUGGCAACAACUGCAAUGACAUCGAUAUGAAGGUGCUGAAGCGCCAGCAGCGGAUGAUAAAGAACCGGGAGUCGGCCUGCCAGUCGAGGAAGAAGAAGAAGGAGUACCUGCAGAACCUGGAGGCCCAGCUGAGGGAGGCGCAGCAGGAGAACGAGCGGCUCCGCAGGGAGAACCAGGCGCUGCGGGAGAGACUGGCAGGGAAGGAGGGCGGCGACUCGGCAGCCAACAACAAGAGAGCGGUGUGUGUCAUGGCCGUGCUGCUCUUCAUGACCUUCAGCUUCGGGCCCGUCAGCAUCACGGACAGGAAGCUGCACGACGGCGUGGUGUCGUACACAGGAAGGCGGCUGCUGGAGAUCGAACAGCAGCAGCAGCAGCAUCGGCCUCCGCCGCCUCCCAGCCGGGAGGAGGACAAGACGGAGACGGAGGAGGACGCCGGAGAGGACAGGUGGAAGAGAGACGUGGAGAGAGACGCCACAGAGGCUUACCACUUCAGGAACCUGAGCGAUGUGUUCAGUGACAUGAAGGACCUGGUUCUUCAGGACAUCGACCGUUACUUCACCUCGUCUGACUGCAGGCAGUUCAACCGCUCCGAGUCGCUCAGGCUGGCAGAUGAGCUGAGAGGCUGGGUCCACCGCCACCAGAUUGACAGGAAGAAGUCUGGAGGAAAACCAAAGAUCGCCAAGAAGGCCAAGAUCGCCCAGCAGAAAGCACAGCUGAGGAAGACCAAUUUCUCCAGAUAUCUGCCCAUCCAGGCUCACCGCUCCUUAGAAAGUCAGCUGCAGGUGCUUCCUGGUCCAGAGGUCACCUACAGCGACUUCCUCGACGCCAUCGACCGCCGGGAAGACACUUUCUACGUUGUCUCCUUCAGACGGGAUCACCUGCUGCUGCCGGCCAUCAGCCACAACAAGACGAGCCGGCCCAAGAUGUCGCUGGUCAUGCCGGCCAUGUCCGUCAAUGAGAGUCUGUAUAACUCCUCUCAGGGUUAUGAGAUGAUGAUGCAGGUGGACUGCGAGGUCAUGGACACGCGCAUCGUCCCCAUCAAGUCCUCCGCCGUGCCGCCGUCCCUGCGCGACCCCCCGCCCCCUCCUCCCUCUGCCCACCACCACCACGGCCACCAUCACCACGGCAACCACACGUCGCUCCGAGGCCGCCACCAGCAUCACCACCACCCCUCCUCCCCCUCCUCCUCCUCCUCCUCCGCCUCCUCCUCUGCCUCCUCCCCCUCCUCCUCGUCCUCGUCCUCUCCCUCCUCGUCUCCACGGCAACCCUUACCGGCCCACCGACAGACAGCGGAGUAUUUCAUCAGCCAGUCGGAAGGCGUCUGAGGCGUCGCCAUGGUGAUCGCUAGGAGACGGGAUUUAAAAAAGGAGAGAGGGAGGAGGGACGGAGGCGGUGAUGGAAACAGAUUAGCUGGAAGGUUUUAGGAGGAGAGGAAAGUUUAAAGGUUUAAAGAGGACAGCAGGAGGUGAAAGUCAGGGAAAAACCUGGAAACCUUGAGACUCGUAUCUCUUAAUCUCAUGCGAAGAGGCAUAAAAAACCAGAUUAUCCUAAUGCCGGGUCAGUGACACAGCACCAAAAUAUCAUCCCAGCUCCUCUACGGCAAAUACACCUCUCUCCUUUGUGGGAAAAUUGUUAACUAAUUUGAAUUAGAAGACCUUUUUUUACCCAUAAUAAUAGUUGAAACCCUCGUCAGCACCGCCGUCACAGCCGCAGUACAGCUGGGACUCGGUGUGAUCUGUCAGGUUCAGGGUGGAAAAUUUAAAUCAAUGUCUCCUUAGUAGAUAAUGUGCUAAUAUAUACAUAAAUAUAUAUUUCUAAAAAAAAAUAAAUAAAUAAAAUGAAAAGAGUCUAGUGAGUUGCAGACACAGCAGCACAUCGCACUUACAAAUCGUGCUGCGUUUUAAUAUUUAAUUGUGAAAUGUACUGUUUAUAUGAAGUGUAGAGUCCACGCGUUCUUAGCAGGGGCGGGCGAGGACUGUCGGCAGGACGUCCCGGGACAGAGAGCUGAAGUCUUCCUCGGCGUAACGUGGGUUUGUGGUCCCGUUUGUGAUUGAUCAUGGAUUCCCAGCGGGACCAUCGGAGCCAAACGUGGUACUGUACGGUGCUUUGGUGUCUUUAUGACGUUACUGCUCGUGAAAAGACGUGCAGGAGGGGGGAAUUGGACUGGCGACAGAGUGAAGAUGUAGUUUGUGUACAUCCUGGCCGACCACUUGGUACAAAAGAUGGGAAAAUUUAAUGCAAACAAAUGAAUUUGCACAGAAAAUCGAUGGUUUCUUAGUUUUGUGUUCAAGGAAUUUAUCCCCAGCUGGUUUUUGGUCCAUUUUGCAUUUUUUUUUUUUUUUUAUGUGUUCUUUGUAUGGAAACGGAUGCCAGCAGAAACGACCCCAAACUGCAGCUCGCUGUCCCAGUUUCCUCUGCACUGACUGGGUGUCGGUGCUAACUUGUCUGUAAGGUCGCACAGCUCCAGCAAAAAUGAAAAUCUCACGUCAGGAUCACAAUUUUGCUAAUCUUAUUUUGAGGAAUAAAAAUCAUUUUACUGCACUUUCUGCAUUUUAGAUCAACAUUUUCACCCAUUUCAGCCACAGCAAGCGCGAGUGAAAGUCUUGAAAACUGUGAGAUGCCGGCGUCAUGCGAUUUUUAAAAAAUUGUCGAGCACUGAUAUUGCGAUUUACAAUUACAGUUAAACCCGGCUGACUGUGCAGGGGUUUGCCUGUUGAACAGAAAACAGUCUCAUCAUUUAUCCAUCGUAAAAAACCCUCGACUACACUACUGAUCCUCCCACUGGGAAACGUGGUUUUUGUGCAGUUUGUGUUUGUAUAUUUGUGUUGUGGUGGGACACUCAGAGGGGCCAGAGCGGCUGCUCCAUGAAGUAAGAUUAUGAUGUUGGCACAGUGGAAGAAAAUCAGCGGGAUUAACUGAUGAAGCUUUAAUCCUGGAAAUUAAAGUGUAUCAGCUGGGAAACUCCGUUACAUUUGAAAUAAGUUUGUUUUUAAUGUUAAAGCAGAGGCGCUCUGCAGCUGAAUUUUUCCAUUCCUUCAGUUCUUUUUGAUUCAAACCUCUUGGAGGAGCUGCAGGUCUUUAACAUGUUCGAUUUAUUUCUGCUUUUCCAGCUUUAACAGUCAGCAGAAGCAGAGAUCUGAGGCAGGAAAGCUCCUCACCAGGAACGUCUUCCCCUCAUUUUCAGGGAUGCACCAACAGUAUCGACUGAUACCAGCUUUACAAAGCAACAUGUUGUUUUACCUUUACUGUCGAUAUGUGGCCGAUUACAAAACUGGCAGUUUUGUGACCCUUUUCCCACUUAGAACAGCUCAAAUCAUUAAGAACAGAAAACUAUCAGGGUCUUUAGUUUAAAAGGACAGGCCAGGUGCAAAUGCUUUUAAAAAUGCAAACAAGAAUCUGCAUCAUUAUUAAUCAUCAUAAACCAACACAUGACCAGUUUCCCGUGGAGUCAGCGUGACAAAAGAAAAGUAAAAAACUGCCUCCAAACGGGCUGACACAAAUCUUACUUCAUGCUGCAUCCAUCAAAUUCUUUUUUUUUUUUUUUUUUUUUUUUUUUUUUUGAUAGAAAUCCACAUUCACGUUUUGAAUAGGAAUUAUUUAAUAGCUGUAAAUAAUCAGUGUUCACUCUGUAGAUAUUUUUGUUUGUUUAUUACCACAUGUGACCCUUUUUUAUUCUUCUUCUCUCUUUUUUAAAUCUUUUUCUCUCCCUCCUCUCCCCAAGUCUUUGGACGACAAAAAGUACAAAGUAACAAAAAAAAAAAAGGAAAAAAAAAUUCAUUGUGGACAGAUGGACAGAUUUUAAUUUCUACGUUUGUCUCCACGUUGUCUGAGCAGACCGCAGACACACACACACACACACACACACACACACUUAUGUAGAAUUUACAUUGACAACUCACAGAAAGCUAUUAACCCCUUGUCACCAUAUUUUCAGAAUAAAAGCAAGUGUGUUUUCAGCAAUAACAGCAAAACAGCCCCAGAAGGAGAAGGUCAGCUCAGCCGUUGAAGGGAUUUUUCACUGAUUUUUCUCAUCUUGGAAAUCAACGUUGUGAAGCGUUUCUUCCUCUCAGGCCCAGGUCCUUUUUCUUCUCACCAAAACUGGUUUCUGAAUUUGGUUUAUUAAUCCAGAGACUGAAAGUUGUGUUUUUUCUUUCUUUUUUUUUUUCUGUCCCAGUGCCACUCACAGCAUCUGGCCGGCUUGUCUUAUGGGCGCCUUGUUUGUGCCGCCGUUCUACAAAGAAAUGACAUAAAGUAAUGACUAAAACAUGAGCAUCCAUAUGCAGAGAGGCCAAAAAAAAAAAAAAAAAAAAAAAUCUCCUGGAUCAGGACUGUGAACGUGGCUGCCGGUGAAAACUGCACCAGUCAAGCUUUCUCUCUCUUUCCUUUUCCUUUCUGCUCUUUCUUUUUUGUCACUGUUGUGUUUUUCCUCCCAGCCGAUGCAUCUGAGUUGGGGACACAUCACCCCCUUUUUUCUUUUUCUUUCUUUGUUUUUUUGUUUUUUUUGUUUGUUUGUUUUAAUCUCAUAUGAACAGAUGUGUCUUGUGUAAA